CUCUGCAAAAACAUUGAGUGCGUAAACGUUCUGUAAAACCGAGGUCUAGAAAGAGCAAAUAAAACAUAAAAUAAUCGAGUUCUAGAGAGAGAAAUUGAUAUGGAUGGGAGAGGUGGUUGCUGCAUAGCUAGAUAUGCAGGAGGGGGUGCGUACGAUAUGUCUAAGGUGGACAGGAUAAUGCUCCGGUUCCGACCGAUCGCGCCGAAACCAGCGACGAGCGGUUCGGUUUCCGGUGGAUCUACGCCGGAGAUCAGCGAACACAGCGUCAAAGGCGGGAGAGGCAAGCGAAAGUACGUCAGAGAUCAUGGCAACAACAACAGGCGGUGCAACAACAACAACAACAGAAAGAGGAAAUCUUCGCCGGAGGAAAAGCGAGUCUCGUCGGUGGCGACGGCGGUAGAACCGAUGGUGACUCUCCCUCUCCUGCCUGAAACCCCGGAGCCGAAAGACUCGCCGGCGAGGGUUUCACCGGAAGUGAGAGACUCACCGAUGUGGUUGAGCUUUGACAAACUCGAUAACAACAACAUAGAGUUGGGGAUCUACGGGUCGUCAGAUCGGACGGUGGCGAUUCCGAGACCGGUGAGACUUCUAGGCUCGUGUAUAACGGUGGAAUGCGUGACGGACACGUGGAUGGACGGUAACGGUUUGGGAUGUACGGACGAGGAGAGGAAGAUGAAUCUGGAGAAGGACAGUUGUCCGGGAUUUAUAUCGGAUGGAUUCGGAAGAGUGACGUGGACAAACAGAGCUUAUAGGAAGAUGGUAGGACAUGGAGAAGAAGGCGGUGAGGAAGAGAUGAUGGUUUGGUUGGUAUCGAAGGAGAGAGUACCUGUGGCGGUGACGCUAACGUACCCGGCGUUCACAUGCAGAGUAAGACUGCAGUACAUGUAUGGUGGCAAAGAGAAAACGUCUCUGACACUGCCUUGUGAUGUGUGGAGAAUGAACGGUAGUGGUGGUUUUGCAUGGCGGUUGGACGUCAAAGCUGCUCUCUGUUUAGGUCGGUAAUAUCAUCAUCAUUACAGCCGUCUGAUCAGAUUACCUUUUCUUUUUUAAAAAUAUUGACAUGGACAUAGACCCAAAAAAAAAAAAAAAACAAAAAAACAAAAAAAAAAACAAAACAAAAAAAAAAUAACCCCAAGCCUCCUCUUAGUUUGCUUAUGUUAAAAUUGUGAAUAUUACUUUUUUUUUUUUUGGGGGGUUAAUUAACGUUCGGCUUUAUCUUUGUCUGAGUGGUUUGGGUGGUACUUGGUGUUGUAUGAAUUUUAUAAGAUUAUCAUCAUCGAGAUUGAAAUUUUAUGUAAUAUAUAUUGUUUUAUUA